AUGGUCUCGUCCAAGAGAUUCUUCCUCGGCGCGAGCCUCGUCGCCAGCACCCUGGCAUCGUCCUGCUGGCGCAACGCAACAUGCACUCACCCAACAGAGGCGUCCUUCCCAGGCCCCUGGGAUGCCAACAUCUACGCCCCCGACUCCCGCACCGCCCGCCCGAAGUCCGUCCUCUCCCUCGCGACAGGUGACGCCAUCGGCUCGUUCCCGUGCGCCCAGCCGCUCAAGGGCAACGGCUCCGCGCUGGUGUUCGACUUUGGCGUGCUCGUGGGCGGCAUCACGACGGUCAACUACACCUACACAGGCGACGGCCCCGCGACCCUCGGCCUCGCCUGGACGGAAGCGAAGAACUGGAUCGGCGAGUACUCCGACAACUCCAAUGGCAACUACCGCGGCCCGAACGCCACCCUCAUCAGCGUCGACGGCGCCCUCUUCCACAACAUCACCGCCGCGGGCGAGGGCUCCUACACCGUCCCCUUCGCCCAGCUCCGCGGCGGCUUCCGCUACCUCACCCUCUACCUCAUGACCAACUCCUCCUCCUCCUCAACCUCCAACACCACCGCCCCAACCCUCGCCAUCGACGACGUCUCCCUCGAGAUCGUCUUCCAGCCGACCUGGUCCAACCUCCGCGCCUACCAGGGCUACUUCCACUCCUCCUCCGACCUCCUCAACAAGAUCUGGUACGCCGGCGCCUACACCCUCCAAACCAACGCUGCGCCCCCGGAGACCGGCCGCGUCCUCACCGAGGCCGUCUGGAACGGCUCCUGGUUCAACGACGCCUACCUCGGCGUCGGCUCCUCCCUCCUCCUCGACGGCGCCAAGCGCGACCGCUGGAUCUGGCCCGGCGACAUGGGCGUCGCCGUCCCCUCCGCCUUCGUCAGCACCGGCGACCUCGAGAGCGCCCGCAACGCCCUCCAGACCAUGUUCGACUACCAGCAGCCCUCCGGCAUCUUCCCCCGCGCGGGGCCGCCCUACCUCGACGCGACCAGCGACACCUACCACAUGUGGACCAUGAUCGGCGCCUACAACUACGUCCUCUUCUCCGGUGACAUCCCCUGGCUCGCGGCCAACUGGGCCGCCUACCUCCGCGCGAUGGACUACAUCUGCGCAAAGAUCAUCCCCGACACGGGCAUCCUCAACGCCACCGCGACCGGCGACUGGGCGCGCUACAUCUACUCCACGAACGGCAGCGCGCCCAACAUGCUGCUCUACCGCACCCUCACCACCGGCGCCUUCCUCGCCGACCUCGCGCCGUCCAACUCCUCCUCCUCCUCCUCCGCAAACCUUACCUCGACAUGGCUCGCCCGCUCCGAGACCCUCAAAACCGCAAUCAAAACCCACCUCUGGGACCCCGCCAAGGGCGCCUUCUUCGACGGCUACAAGAACCGCACCCUCUACCCGCAAGACGCCAACGCCUACGCCCUCGCAUUCGGCCUCCUCGCCCCCUCCUCCCCCGAAGCCGCCUCCGUCUCCGCCGCCCUCACCGACAACUGGACCCCCAUCGGCCCGGCCUCCCCCGAGCUGCCCGGCAACGUCUCCCCCUUCAUCACCUCCAUCGAGCUCGAGGCGCACUUCGCCGCCGGCCGGCCCGACCGCGCGCUGCGCCUCAUCCGCGACAGCUGGGGCUGGUACCUAACCCACCCGAACGGGACGCAGUCGACCGUGAUCGAGGGCUACCUCGUCGAUGGCACCUUCGGAUAUCGCAAGACGCGCGGGUACACGGACGACCCGAGCUACGUCUCGCACGCGCACGGCUGGAGCUCGGGCCCGACGAGCACGAUGACGGAGUACCUCGUCGGGCUGCGCGUGACGGCGCCCGCGGGGCGGGAGUGGCGGCUGAAGCCCGUGUUCGGGGAGGUGGAGGCCGCGCAGGCGGGGUUCACGACGGCGCUGGGAAGGUUUAGUGCAAGGUGGGAGGUGAAGAACGGGAGUGUCGCGGGCGUGGAGUGGGAUGUGCCGACGGGGACGAGGGGAUGGGUCGAGUUUGGGGGUGAGGCGUGA